CCCGCGCUCAUAUCGUUAAAUCCUUGACGGCGAGAUUUUUUCUCUUUUGCAAUCAUUGUUCUUCAAAACCUCCCUCCUCCUACCAGUCCCUAUUUGUCUCCUAAUUCCCCCGCUGGUAUUACUCGCCGGACUUCCCCCGCGGUCGCUACCUCCGCCGCCAGAUCGUCACUCCUCCUCUCUUCAACGAACGUUUAUUACUCUCUUUUCUUCGCCGUCGUUUUUACCAGCAGAACUACAACUGAAGAAGAAGAAGACGACGACGACAACGACGAAGAAGAAGAUCUGCUUUCCGUCUAAACGUCAGCUUCAAUUUGCUGCCCGGCUCUGAUGGUAAUUACGAUAUUGCUUUUUAUGGUUUAUCGCAAUAUGGUAUAUUAACAUUGGGAAUUUGGGGGACGGAAGCAAUUUUAUAUGGUGUUAUUGGAAGUGUGGGUUUUUAAAAAAUUAGGUGGAUGGAACAUAGUUAUGGUUUUGAACAGCAUGUUGCUCAACAAAGUCGGCGUGAUAAGUUAAGAGUUCCGCAGAAUUAUUUGCGAGUGGGGGAAUUAUCAAGAAACACUGAUGAACAAUUGAGUUUUCACAACUCGGAGCAUUUGGGGCUCGAGCUGGAUCUUGUUAGGAUUCAAAGUUUUAACAAGGAUGCUAUUUUGCCUCAUGAUCACUUGUCUUCAUUAUCUUCCGAAAUGAUCAAUUUCUCGAGAGAUUCCAAUGUUUUAUCGCACCAAAGGGACAUGAUGUUGCGUCAAGAACUGGCAGACCCAGCUCAAUGCAGUAGACAAAUUGUGACAGAUGCUUCUGGUGGAAUUGUAAAUAAUGGUGUUGAUUAUUGGAAAAGCUCUCAUCAAAGCUGUGAUUGGGUGGUGAACUGUGGAAGUAAUUCUUUUGGAGGUGAAAUGUUGAAUCAGGAAGUAACUGAUUCUACAGUGUAUUCACUGAAGCCAACUUGCAUUGGAUUCCAAACUUCUUCCUCUUUUAACAAUCCGUCCAAUGAGACAUUCAAUCAGGAUGGACAAAAGCGUAUAGGAGGAGAAUUGCAUUUGCCUCCAAUUUACCAAAAUACCCUUCAGGAUGUUGUUACAUCAGCUUCUAUUCGAACACAGGGCCUGGAAAUGACAUCCAUUGUGCAGCAUAAUUUCACUGAAAUUAACCAAACUGCCGCUUGUGAAGGCAGUGGGAAUGAGCUUGCUCUUCUUCCAGUGUACAGGGAUCAGCCAAAUGUGUUGCCUUAUGACAGUACUGGUUCUUGGAGUGAUAGAACUUUCUAUAACUGCCGCAGCUGGAUUGGUGAAUUGGGCUCUAUUGCUAGGAAAACCGAUGAAGAGUUGAGGACGUUUAUGAAUGAUUCCACUCCACAAGGUCUAGCCCUGUCGCUGUCUUCGAAUCCGCCGUCUAAAUUACCCACUGCACAGUUUGAAGAAUCAGAGGAAUUACAGGAAAGUAUCACUGUGUUAAAAAAUUCCCAAGAAUCCAAAGCAGUCAAAUCUGAGAGUUUGUGUAGAUUACCAAAGCCAACAUCUAUUGGUAAUAAAAAUUAUGGGAAAUCUCUUCAAGAUGUGAUGGGCGUUCCUGUGAACCCAUAUAGAAACACCGGCCCUCUUGGUCCCUUUACUGGGUAUGCAACCAUUUUAAAGAGUUCAAAAUUCUUAAAGCCUGCCCAACUGCUGUUAGAUGAAUUUUGUGGCUCAAAUGGUCAUUAUAAGUUUGUCCAACCAUGUGAGGUGUUUGAGAAGACACCUGGGGAAGUUGGUGUCUCAGCAGCCCUUAAUGCAUUUAGAAAUGAGGUUGUUAAGGAAAAUAGUUCAUGUGCAGAUGCCUCUACAUUCUGUGGUUCGAAUGAAUCAAAUGUUAGUGGCAUUGGAAGCAUCUCUUCUGAACAUCAUCAACCGGAGUAUCAGCAAAAGAAAGCAAAACUUCUAUAUAUGCUCGAGGAGGUUUGCAGAAGAUACAAACAAUAUCAUCAGCAAAUGCAAAUGGUAGUUUCAUCCUUCGAAUCAGUAGCUGGUCUUAGUUCCGCAACACCCUACAUUUCCCUGGCGCUCAAGACAGUCUCAAGACACUUCCGGUCUCUAAAGAAUGCCAUCUCGGAACAACUGAAGUAUUUGAGGAAGGUACUUGGUGAGGAUUUGUCAUCCCCCUCUGCUGGAACAAGCGGCAGCAAAGGUGAUGCAAAUUCGGCUAGGUUGAAAUACAUGGAACAGAGCUUCCAAAAGCAAAAAUCUGGCAUUGUCAAUAUUGGAUUCCUCGAAUCCCAAAAUGCAUGGAGGCCACAGAGAGGUUUGCCUGAACGUGCUGUGGCAAUUCUUAGAGCCUGGCUCUUUGAGCAUUUUCUUCACCCAUACCCCACAGACACAGAUAAACACAUGUUGGCCACUCAAACAGGCCUAUCUCGAAACCAGGUGUCUAAUUGGUUCAUAAAUGCCCGAGUGCGGGUGUGGAAACCAAUGGUUGAAGAGAUACACAUGCUAGAAACCAAGGGCAUGGCAGAAAUGAACAACAAAAGCCAUGAUACGAGAGAUGGAAGUUCUACAUUAGAAAACACAGCCGGUUGGACCAGUAAUGAACACCAGCCUCUAAAAAACCAUGGUGUUGCAAAUGAAAUGGCUAGUCAUCAUUUGCAGUGCCUGGGCAUAGAUUCCUCGAGUGGUGACAGAAAUGAACUCGGCAGCAGAGACCAACAGUGGGAUCAAGGAAAACAAUCCAAAUUGGACAAUGGGGUUCAGUCCAACAUGGAAGGGGAAUUGAUGGGGUUUAUGCCAUAUCAGGCCAGUGCAGCUGAGGUUGGAGGACUCGGAGCUGUCUCUCUAACAUUAGGCCUUCGCCACCGAGUCGAGAGUGCCCACCAUCAACAGCAGCGACAUCAAUUGCAGCAACAAGAUGACCAACUAAUACGCCACUAUGGAAGCGAAAUGAUCCAUGAUUUUGUGGGGUAAUUUGGCUCACCAACUUGUCUUUGAUGACAAAAGCAGAAGAAAGGGACUAUGACGCCAUAGUUUAACAUAUUCCUAUUCGAUACUAACAAUCAGCCCACAAAUAUCCGUUGGUUUCAAGAACGGAAAAUCGGGCUACACAUUAUCUAUCACUGUUGAAGAGAGAAGAGACAGAUAUUAUGAUAUUUGAUUGGGUGGGUGGGGACAACGUGUAGGAAAGUUAGAGUUGUCAGUAGGUUGUUUAAAUACCGUUUGGGUAUUUAGUUGAACACUGGAAAACUAUAACUGUAGAAAAGUUGAAUUCUUAAAUGAAGUUUUAUUUUUCUUGUGAA